AUGGCCGACAGCAGCACUCCACUGCCCUCGUCGGCGACGAAUCCGAACAACACCGUCCCCGAGCACGCAGCGGACGAAGACCUAUCAUCGCAGCCCAACUCGCCUCCGCUUUCGCGCUCACACUCAACCGCGUCUUCAUCCGGGCAAACGCAGGAUACCGAUGACUGGGAUUUUUUUCCUCCGUUGGACAAGCUCACGGUCUUUGACUACCUCGAUCAGCUCGCGCUGCCGCAACGUCUCGAGAAGAUCAACAGGACCUAUCUCGUGCAAAGAGACAAAGUCAAGCGGGGUUUCGAGAGCACCCGGGUCAAGGCACGGUUGAGAACCGAUCAGGAACUCGAGAAGUACCGUGAGAAGUAUAGUAAAGGUCUCGACAAGAUCUUGGAGAACUGGAACGAUACAAAAAUCGUUUCUUCGAGGGAGAAGCUGUCGUUUGUGGUCGGUGUCUCGAAUAUUUUCAUCACUGGACUUCUGAUUGGCGGAUAUCCUGAAUGGAUGCAUGUCUGGUAUUCGUUGCAGUUGCUCUACUUCAUGCCGAUUCGGUACUACACUUACCAUCAGAUGGGGUAUCAUUAUUUCCUGGCAGACUUAUGUUACUUCGUCAACGUGAUGCUUGUUCUUGCCAUUUGGGUGUUCCCCAAUUCGCGAAGACUGAUGAUAUCCGCGUACUGUCUCUCGUACGGCAAUAACGCGUGGGCGAUUGCCAUGUGGAGGAACUCGAUGGUCUUCCACUCGUUGGACAAAGUCACCUCGCUGUUCAUUCACAUUAUGCCUCCAGUGGUCCUGCACUGUCUCGUUCACCUCGUAGAUCCGGUCUACUGCGCCGAGAGGUUUCCGGCCAUCAGUAGGAUCAAACACGUGGAACUGUAUGGUCUCUGGGAGAUGAUCAUCUGGGCUACAGUUCCGUACGCAAUCUGGCAGUUGAGUUAUCAUGUCUUUAUCACGGUUAGAAGACGUGAAAAGAUCGCAGCCGGCCGUCCCACUUCGUUUACAUGGCUCAAGAAGAGUUACAAAAAGACGUGGAUCGGCAAGAUCGUCCUCGGUCUACCGUCGGCGAUGCAAGAGCCCGCGUUCAUGUUUGUCCAAUAUUCGUACGCUGUCGUCACCAUGUUGCCGUGCCCGCUGUGGUUCUACAACCGCAAACUGUCCGCGAUAUUCAUCGCCUUCGUCGGCUUGAUGAGUGUCUAUAACGGCGCAACAUACUACAUUGAUGUCUUCGGGAAGCGAUUCCAAAAGGAGCUAGAGCAGCUUCGGAAAGAUGCCGCCAAGUGGCAGAACUCGCCGCCUCCGUCGGAGCGGGAGCUCGACAGAAGCUACAGGGGAGGUGGCGCUGGGGUAUGCGGACCGGCGGUUUAG